GACAUCCGACGUAAAAUUUGAGCCGCCAUUUGUUUCUACAUCCGACGAGUUGCUCGAAAUACGACGAUUUACGGCAGCGUCGUGAUUGAAUUGGUUUCGCUGAAUACCGCAGCACGGCGGGUUUUCUUUAAAAAAAAAAAUCAACAUGGGUCCCAAGGUCGUUGGUAAAAGUGAGGGGAAAAGGAAAAAGGAGAUGCUUACAAUUGAAAUUAAGAAAGAGAUGAUUGAAAAAUAUGAGCAGGGUGCACGCGUUAGCGAGUUGGCUCGACAAUAUGGCCGGAAUAUGUCAACAAUUUCGACGGUCAUCAAGCAGGCGGAAGCUAUAAAGAAGGUAAACGCCUCCAAAGGGACUACUAUCCUGUCGAAACGUCGUGGCGUUAUUUUGGAGGAGAUGGAACGCCUUUUACUCAUUUGGAUUAAGGAUAAAGAGAUCGCUGGUGAUUCAGUCACUGAAGCAAUAAUCUGUCAGAAAGCGUGCGCUGUUUAUAAUGACUUAAAGACCGCACCUGAAGGGAACGCGGAAGUGGAGAGCCAUCUCGCCGCCGAGGAAGAAUUCAAGGCUUCUCACGGUUGGUUCGAAAAGUUCAAGAAACGGACCGGUAUUCAUUCUGUUGUUCGUCACGGGGAGGCUGCAAGUUGUGACGCCGAGACUGCCAAGGAAUUUGUUCAGCAUUUUGAAAACAUUGUGGAGGAAGGAGGCUACAUGGAGCUGUCUCGGCCGCCUCCGUUCGCCAUGCACCCUAAGUUAAGGUGACAAUAAAAGAAACCUUUUUUUUUUUUUUUUUUUUUUUUUAAUGUUUUUUAAACUAAUUUUCGUUUUACAUGUGUCUAAUGUGUUUGUUAAAGUAGAACGUGGCUCGCCGCAUCCUCCCUCGGCUCGCCGUAUUCCCUCCUCCUGCAACACCCGCUGUCUCGUUCACCACUCUAAAUCAAGCACGGGCUCGCCGUGUCCUCCUGCAACAUGCGCUGUCUGCUUCGUCUCCAUUCACC